AUGGCGGCGGAGGCGCCGGAGGCGCCGGUGGGUUCGGAGGCUGCUGAUGGCUGCUCAGAUGUCUUUGAAGUUGUCCUCCCAAUCACUAUCUUUGUUCUGAGUGAUGAUGAUUUUAUCCAAGAUGACAGUGAAGAGCAGGCAAAGUUGCUUCCUGAACUGAAAGCAAAGGACGAGCAAGAGGCCAGCUGGGAUAACAGCAGCUUCUUAAAAAGCAAUGUGAUACCUGCAGGUGAAAAGAACAGAUUAAGGAGUUGGGAAGAUGAGACUACUUCAAAUAAGCAUGAUCAGGUAAAAUGCUUGGAAGAAAAAUGUGCACAGAGUGUGUGUAACAAAUCAACAUCAACUUUAUCAUCUUUAGCUGACCAGUGUGAUCUAAGCAAGGAUAGAUACAAUCCAAAUGAUGCAUUACCUACAUCAGCUUGGAAAACAGAGCUUGCAGAGGUAGAUGAAACAAGUGAGAACCAGGGAUGUGACAAUGUUGACUGUUUUCAGAAGAUUACUCUUCUCUCCCCUGCUGGCAAAGAGACCAUCGGUGCAGAUGGAGAGUUGACUUUAGCACCGACAUCCAAAAAUGAACGACCACUUGCCAGCACUGCAAGUAUUCUUUUUUAUGGCAGUCAAGAGAAAGAACCUGAAAUUCACCCAGGGCUGGAGACAACUGCUGAAACAGGAGAUACUGAGUCUUCAAAGAAUGGAAGUAAUGAAGUUAACAGAGCAAGAAAGAGACGCAAAUCUGAAGAUGAAAUUCAGAAUUUUCUCUUGGAGCAUGAGCUGAGAGAAGAACUGAGGCUUACUCUUAGUAGUUCUCCUCCAGUUAUUAAUAAGCUUUCUCCUAAUUCAGAAGAAUUGCUAAAAGAUGUAGGGAAUAUAGAGAGAAAUCCUUUUCUUUGUGCUGAAUCAAAUUCUCCCACAGAGCAUAUUUAUCAAUCGUUAACUCCAUUUUCCAGAAAAAAGUAUCGUCGACAAAAUGCAAUUUCUCAUGCAAGCCCAAAAGAAUUAGAAAACCAGCAAGAAGGUUUAUCGUGGCUAAGUAACAGUGUGAGCAUCAAACCUCUUUCUAAGGGAUCAUGUUCUAUAAAUAAGCAUGAAAAGCCAAAUUUGAAAUGCAGGUUCUGUAGUUCUGUAUUUAAAUAUAGUGCACUUCUAAAGAAGCAUGUUUAUGCAGCUCAUAAAGAUAAGAAAAAAUAUAAAUGCUGCUUUUGUAAAAGAACUUUCUUCUUUUCUGCCAACCUUAAAAAUCACCUUAAAUUUCAUAAGAAAGUUACCAGAUUGCAAAAGACAAGAAAAAAUAGGAUGAAUGCUAAAAAAAGAAGGCAGAGAAGAUGUUUAUCCAUCAUCUGA